CCGGGUAGUAGGCCCGCCGAGGUUCGUGCCCCGCGGGGGAACCAGAUGAAGCACAUCUGGACAGCUGCGCCGAGAAACUGUGCGGCCCCUUAGCGGGCCCGACGUCAGCUGGGCACGUCUCCCACGUUCUCUCCUGCUAGCCACUUAUUAUUAUUCAUAUUCCCAAAGAAGAAACCGAGGAUCCAAGCUUAAAAACCCCCCCCCCCCCCCCCCGCUAAUUGAGACGGAGCCAGAUCCCAUCCAGCACACAGUUUAAUUUUCAUGGGGCUCUGGGAUCAAAAGAACAGACACAGCAACAACAAAAGCCCAGUCGCUGUCUGAUUUAAAACUGGCAAAGUGAGAAAAAUAGUGUUGAGUAAACAGACCAAGUUGGACAUGGGGAGUUUCAAAGGUCAUGCCCUCCCCGGAACCUUCUUCAUUAUGAUGGGUAUUUGGUGGACCACCAGGUGCAUUCUGAAGUAUGCCUGCAAAAAGCACAAACGGACUUCCUACCUUGGCUCUAAAGUAUUAUUCCAUCGAAUAGAAAUUUUUGAGGGAAUCAUGAUAAUCAGCAUGGCUAUCACUGGCAUGCUUGGGGAGCAGUUUAUCACUGGAGGGCCCCACUUGGCCUUAUAUAACUAUAAAGAGGGCCAGUGGGUCGAACUCCUGAGCUGGCACCAUUUCACCAUGUAUUUCUUCUUUGGGCUGCUGGGUGUGACAAACAUCUUAGGCUUUUUCAUCAAUUCACUUCCCGCCUCCUUAACCAAGUUAAUGUUGUCAAAUGCCUUAUUUGUGGAGGCUUUUAUCAUGUAUAAUCACACUCAUGGCCGGGAAAUGCUGGACAUCUUUGUGCACCAGCUGCUGGUCUUGGCCAUCUUUGUGACAGGCCUGAUUGCCUUCUUGGAGCUCUUCAUACGGACCAAUAUCACUGUGGAACUUCUUCGGACAAGCUUUAUCCUGCUUCAGGGGAGCUGGUUUUGGCAGAUUGGUUUUGUCCUUUAUCCCCCCAGUGGAGGUCCUGCAUGGGAUGCAAUGGAUCAUGACAACAUUAUGUUUCUUACCAUAUGCUUUUGUUGGCAUUAUGCAUUAAGCAUUAUCGUCGUUGGAAUGAUUUAUGCCUUUGUCACUUGGUUGGUUAAAUCUCGACUUCAGAGGUUCUGCCCCUCAGAAGUUGGACUCCUGAAAAAUGUUGAACGAGAACAAGAAUCAGAAGAAGAGAUGUGAUUUUGAUGGACAUUUAGUCUUUCUGGAUGAACUUCUCUUUUUUAGAUUAUUUUUGUUCAUGGCUUUGUUUUUUGACCUUUUGCUUGGAGAACAGGCGGCUGAGGAUGAUUCUUGGUAUAUUGUUUGUAUUUCCAAUUUGGUUAAAGUAUUUUAAUUCAAAUAUGUUAUUUUUAGGUUUGUAAGUACUUCGGGUGAUAAAUGCAUUUUGCACAUCAGUCAUGUUAUUUGGGGCCUGGAGCAACUAUUCCCAGAUCAUCUAAAGUUAACAUCCAUGCUAAGAAAAAUGUUUUAUUUGCCUUACAUAUGCUCAAGGUGUCUGGGCUUACUACCAUUUGUAACUCAUUAAACAUCGAAUUACACUUGUUUAUUUUGUUGCUGCAAUGAGAAAUAAAUGAAUGCAGGAAGCUUGGUACAGA